UAAUAAAAGGGUGGGGCUGGUUCUCUCUGCAUAAUAAAAGGGUGGGGCUGGUUCUCUCUGCAUAACAAGUAGAGGGUGGGGCUGGUUCUCUCUGCAUAAUAAAAGGGUGGGGCUGGUUCUCUUUGCAUAACAAGUAGAGAGUGGGGCUGGCUACUGCAGCCAAUUGAUUUGCACCGUGGUCAAGUAAUAAAUUAUUAUAUCUAGCCAUGAAUCCUUGGUUUAAGAAGAGGAAAGUUUCAGGUAAGGGAGAGUGCAUGGCACUGCAUAUUGAAUGACACUGCAUACUUACAUGUAUAAUAAUUGCUAUAAUCAUUAAUAAAUUGAUGGUUAAGUUCUACAAGUCUCCUCUUCACCAGCCAUCACCGUCUGUCUUUCCAUUGGGGGUCACCACGUACUAUCUCUCCUCCAGUCACAAAACCAUCUCUCCUGUGUUACAAAUUUUUCUAAGGUAGAACGUGAUUAAUUAGUAGGCGUGGCACGUCAAAAGGGGGCGUGGUCUUCAAAAAUUCGGCGCUGCGCGCCGGGUGAAUUUCUUGUCCGCGAGAAAGAACCCCCCUUUCUUAAAUCCUGGAUCCGCCCCUGUGUCUAGUCUAUCAACAAUCAACAAUGGGUAAUCUUCUGGCACUAGCACUCGACUCACUCAGACAACAACCUCCUACCUCUGAAUCUCCUGAGUACCAAGCAUUUAGAGAAUGUUAUGAUCUUCUAGUGAACAAUGUGACAGUACAGAUUGGUGAGAUCUGUAAUUCCCUAUUUGCUGAGGGCUACAUAACCGAGACGGUUCGAGACUACACAAGAACGGAUGGAAUUCAAAACUUGAAAAAAGCUCAACAAUUGGUCGACUCGGUUAGUGAUGGGAUUAAAACUAACCCUAAUAUUUUCUAUGGAUUUAUUGCGAUACUCGAAGCCAAAGGUCCAUUCAAUGAUGAUAUUGUACGAAUUCUGCAAAAAACCUAUCUAGAAGUAUGUGAUCAGGAACAAAUUCAACCUAAUCAAGAUGUGAUUGACCUACACCAAGCUGACUACCCAGCUGAACUAUCAGGUGAUGGUGACGUGUCUCUUGGAGAUGAGUCAUUUCAUUCUGCCAUUGAUGAUCGAGAUGUCUCUUCCCAACAAUUCUUUUCUAAAGAAGGUUGCCCCAGCAAGACAAUAUCUCUCGAAGCUAGAUCUACCAACCUCUUCCCUUAUCUUGAUGUUACUGGUCUUGAUGAUGAAGAUGUCGUUGAUUUAGAAGGAAGAUUGUUAUCCGAUACAAGAGAAAUUGCGAUAAACUUUUCAAAGUUCUCAUUGUGUAUUAGGAAGUCAUUGGAAGCACGAGAUUUACAUUUGGACAAGUUACAAGAUUGUGUAUUGAGUGUUUUAGUUCUUCCGAAAGAUCAAAGAGUGAGUGCACUUGAUUCUGAGCACAAAGAGAAGAUUUUUACCGCAAACAGCCUUGCUAAAGUUUUCUCCAUACUUCGAAUGUACAACUAUAUCUCAUUCUUAAACUACCAAAUCAUCGAGCUGCUCAUUCAACAAUAUGGUUCCGCUGACGAUCACAACCUGCUUGAGAAAUAUCUUGAAGAUUUGAAAACCUUCUGCCAAAGAAAUGUGUUUGAAGUUCCUUUAUCUGCUUUUUCAUCAUGCAGGUCUCGUAAGACGGCCAAAGUGUUUGCACUCAAAUGUACAGAGCCGACAUUAACACUGCAGGGAGUUCGAGUGAUGCAAAACAAAUUUGCUAAAAUCUUAGGCCUGGAAUUUAAUGCCUUACAACUUUGCUCCGUCAAGAAGGGUUGUGUUGAAUUACACUUCCUGGUUUCCGCAGCUGUUGCUGAGCAUAUCUUCCCAUUGUCCCCUUCUCAACAGUUGGCACUCAGUGAGAUUGGAGCGAGGCUUCUCCCAUUUGACAAAGCUUUGGAAAAAGAAAAUAAGAAGCAGGACGAAGAUGUUGAACCUCAACCAACCCCCACUCGUGGAGAGACGCUGCCUAAGUUAUCCCACACACAAGAACGACAACAAUCCACCAUAGCUGAGGAUGUAGAGCCACAACAAUCCCUUACACGUGAGCAGUGGCGACCCCCAACACCUGAAGAUGGACAAAUCCCCAUACCUGAGGAUUUGGAACCGCAACGAUUCCUCACACCACCUUGUACGCCUGAGAAUAAAUUAGAGCCGCAACAAUCUGUAAAUUCUGAGAAGUGUUACUCACCUCCUGGUGUGUCCUUAAAUGUGAAAUCUGUGAAGAAAAAUAAGGAUGGUAACACUCCACUCCAUGUUGCCUGUGAGAAAGGUCACACUGAGACUGCCCAGUUGCUGAUUGACAAGGGAGCGGACAUAAACGAGUUGAACAGGAAAGAGAAUACACCACUCCUUAUUGCCUUAGAGGAAGAACACACUGAGACCGCCCAGAUGCUGAUUGACAGGGGAGCAAAUGUGAACAAGUGGAACAAGGAAUGUAUUGCUCCACUCCAUGUUGCCUUGGAGAAAGGCGACGCUGAUACUGCCCAGUUACUGAUUGACAAGAGAGCAGAUGUGAACAUGUGGAACAAGGAAGGAAAUACCCCACUCCAUACCGCCUUAAAGAAAGGCCAUAUGGAAACUGCCCAAUGGCUGAUUGACAAAAAAGCAGAUGUUAACAUGUGGAACAAGGAAGGGAAUACCCCACUCCAUGUUGCUUGCGAAGGAGGGUACAUUGAGACUGCCAAAUGGCUAAUGAAUAGGGGAGCAAACACGAGAUGGUUUAACAUGGAUGGGAAGUCACCUCUUGUUGUUGCUUGUGAGAAAGGCCACGCUAAGAUUUCCCAGUUGUUGAUUGACAAGGGAGCAGAUGUGAACAGGUGGAACGUGCGGGAUGGAAAGUCACCACUCCUUGCUGCCUGUGAAAAUAGAGACACUGCGACUGCUCAAUUGUUAAUCGACAAGGGAGCACAUGUAAACAAAAAGAAAAGGGAUCAUGGGAAGUCACCGCUUGUUGUUGCCUGUGAGAAAGGCCACACUGAUACUGCGCGGUUACUGAUUGACAAGGGAGCAGAUGUGAACAGGUGGAACCUUCAGGAUGGAAAGUCACCUUUCCUUGCUGCCUUUGAGAAUGGCCACACUGAGACUGCCCAGUUGCUCAUUGAAAAGGGAGCGGAUAAAAACAAAAAGAAAGAGAAGUCACCUCUUACUGCUGCUCGUGAGAAAUGCCACACUAAGACUGCCCAUUUGCGAGGAGCAGAUAUGAACGACUGUAACAGGGAUGGGAAUUUACCUCUUGCUGCUGUCUGUGAGGGAGGUGAUCACACUGAAACUGCCCAGUUGCUGAUUGAUGGGGUGGAAGAUGUGAACAAGCAUAACACGUUACCAAUUAGUCAGACGUUUUUUUCUAUUUCCUCGUCUGCACAAGUUGAACAACUUGAUACCUUAAAUGAUGUUACUGGUCGACCUAGACAUACAUACAAGAUGCCAUCAAGUAAAAAUUCUGCACCUGUCAAGUGCAGCUCUCGUUUUCGAAGCCAAGGUUUUAAUCAGUGUACAUUACGCUACCUCCCUCGUGUACUACAUGCACUCUUUUAUAAAACUCACCCGAAAGCUCCUCUUCAAAAAUAUUCAAGUACCUUACGCCCUUUUCAAAAGACAAUUAGUUUAUGUCACUCCAUCUCUUCUCCCCUUCGAUGUGCAGUGCUUCGUAAUGCUCAACUUCAAAAGUAUCGCCGUUUUCGAAAGAAAAUUGGUUUACGUCACUCCAAUUUAUACCCCAAAUGUUCUUCCCUUCGCAGUGCUUCCUUCACUCUCCUCAAUCGGCUCCAAGCUAAACUCAGAAAGCAGUCACAUUCUCGUCGAUUAUGAUAGCUUUAAUUUUGCAUAACAGACUAUACAUGUACUUUGUGAUUUUACCGUGUGAGUAUAUAUACUGUUCAACUUGUGUAGCAUAUUUGUAGCACAUUGUAAUUAUACACUAAAUUAGA